UUAGAUUCACCUCCGAGUGGAACUAUAUAUAUGACAUUACUCAAAACAAGGUGGAUUAUAUAAAAACUUGUUAAAAUUAUUAUAGAUGGACAAGGCCUCAAUACUUGAAAGAGCAACCAGUCUCAUUAGACAACUACGUGAAAGGCCAGAAACAGUACUGCAAUGUCAUUUAGAGACCAAAACCAACAAUGAAAAAGGAGCUCCUGCAGUGAAGAAGGCAAGAAUAAGUUUACCAGAAGUUGAAGUAAGAAGUUUAGAAGAGGAGGUGCUAAUUACAGUCUACUGCAAGAAGAAAUAUACAGGAAUUAUUGAUGAAAUAUUAAGUGUUAUUCAGAAGCUUCAUCUUACUAUCAAAAGCAGCAAUUUCAUGCCAUUUGGCAGCACAGCAAUGCAUAUCACAGUUAUUGGUCAGAUGAAUGACGAGUUGUGUGAGACAACAGAUUGUCUUGCUGAGAAAUUACGACAGUCAAUACUCAAAAUGUAGAGAUAAUUUGGUUUACAGACAAGC